AGGGAGACCUUGACUCUUAACGGUCUGAGGAGGGGGUGCAUGGCCAGGGUGGCCCUCGUGGUCCUUCGCCUAACCGCUGCUCUCCUCGACUCUGCAGGUCCAUAAUUAUUAAAAAAGCCUUAGCUAUGGCUGCAGAAGCUGCUUUCAGAACUCCUAGUAAACUCUCACCGAGAAGGAAAUCAGGACAAAGUACUUCUUCAUCUACAAUAUCUAUCCCACCUUCUCCCUUCAUGCAGAAACUGGGAUAUGGAACUGGUGUCAGUGUUUACCUUAUGAAACGGUCUCCCAGAGGGAUCUCUUGCUCUCCUUGGGCUGUGAAAAAAAUAAAUACCAAAUGUAACUCCAGCCAGCAAAGUACAUAUCAAAAGAGACUGAAUGAAGAAGCUAAUAUUCUAAAAAACCUUCAGCACCCAAACAUUGUGGGGUUUCGUGCAUUUGCUGAAGCCAAAGAUGGAAGUAUGUGUCUUGCUAUGGAAUAUGGUGGGGAGAAGUCCCUGAAUGACUUGAUUGAAGAAAGAAAUGAAAAGCACAAGAAACCUUUUCCAGCUGCCACCAUUCUCAAAGUUGCCCUGCACAUGGCAAGGGGUUUGAAGUAUCUUCACAAUGACAAGAAAUUGCUUCAUGGUGACAUAAAAUCUUCUAAUGUUGUCAUUAAAGGUGACUUUGAAUCAAUAAAGAUUUGUGAUGUGGGUGUCUCCUUGCCUCUAGAUGAGAAUAUGAUGGUGAGUGAUCCAGAAGCUGAGUAUGUUGGCACUGAGCCCUGGAAACCCAAAGAAGCUCUAGAAAAAGAUGGUAUUAUCACCAGCAAGGCCGAUAUCUUUGCAUUUGGGCUGACUCUGUGGGAGAUGAUGACACUUUCCAUACCACAUCUUAAUCUGCUUGGAGAGGAUGAUGAUGAUACUUCUUUUGAUGAAGCUGACUUUGACGAUGAUGCCUAUUACGCAGCACUUGGGACUCGGCCACUGCUUAAUAUGGAAGAGCUGGGCCCCUCAUAUCAAAAGGCUGUUGAGCUUUUCUCUUUGUGUACUAUGGAAGAUCCAAGAAAGCGUCCUGCAGCAGCACAAAUUGUGGAUGUUUUGGAAUCAGAAAAGUUCAUAUAUUAGCCAACCCCACUUGACU